UUCCCAAACGCGCGCGGAGACCCUGGGAAGGAGGAAGUAGGCGCGAACGUGAUUCUUCUAAGGUUCAAAAGGUUGGCUGCAGUGCCGGCUACCUGUGUAUUCUGAGUUUCCACAGCUAGGUGCUACUUCACCAGUGACCCUGGACAGUAACAAAACAUAUAAAAACCCGAGCCCAAACCCCGCCACCAGCAUAGGCCUGUAGUUACUGUGGAACCAGUAAGCCAUGGUAUCUAAGAAAUUUGCUGUUAAAUGUGGGAAUUUUGCUGUCCUGGUGGAUCUUCAUAUAUUGCCGCAAGGUUCAAACAAAGAUACAAGCUGGUUUUCUGAGCAGAAGAAAGAGGAAGUCUGUUUACUCUUAAAAGAAACCAUUGCUUCAAGAGUUCAGGAGUACUUGGAAGUUCGCAAACAGCACAGGCCAUCAAAUGCAGAAUUCACGAGAUCCAAUCCCUUGUCCUUAAAAGGUUAUGGCUUUCAAAUCAUAGCAUAUUUCCUCAAGAGAGGGAUACGCCUUCGCUGCAUCAGGAGCUCACAGAAUGCUGAGCUCCAUGUAUUCCCUGACAGAUUUGUGGUUUGUGUCAGUCAGCUUGCAUUCAGUUGUGAUCUUCUGGCAAAUCAGAAUGAAGAUUUGACAAAAAGAGUUCUCCAUGGAGUGUCUGAUUACUUUGCUGAGUGUGCAGAGAGUUCACUUCCUCCCAGUGCAAAGCUUCGGAGAAAUGCUCUGAAAGAAAUUGUGAAAAGAACUGAAACAAAAAGCAGUGUCAUGAGCAAAUCGCAGCCCAGAAAAGAUACUGUGGAAACAUCUAGUGACUCAGUGAUUGCAGAGAUAGCAAGGAGGAGGAAUAAUGGUCAGGCCUCCUCCAGUCCCCCAUCAGAAUCCACAGGACAGGCAAAGGAUUACAUAAAGGCAGCUGAGAGCCACUGGGGGCUUCCUGUUCAAAAGCUGGAAAAAGUUAAUCAGACCCAGCCAGAAGACACUAGUGGCCAGCAAAAACCUCAUCCUGGGGAGCAGUUACAGACAGGGCUUCUAAGCGGGAGCCCUGUCUGUAGCUGUGAGUCAGCAUCAGCUGGUCCAAAACAAAGUCCACGAGUGGCCAAAACCCAACAGAAACGAAGGAACUGCAGCUCUGCGGAAGACUUCGACCACCACGAGAGAGUUUCUUCUGGAAGUGAUCGAUUAGUCCCAAGAGAAAUAAUAGUGGAAAAAAGCAAAGCUGUUAGGGUUUUGCCAGCUUUAGAGUUGUCAGAUCCGGGGUUACUUUUGAAACAAGAUUUGGCAAAAACCACGUCUAAGGAAGAGUUGCAUGUGGUGGAAAGUCUCUCCUCAAGACAUCUUAUGAAAAAUAACCCAGGGCAGGCACAGCAAACCGGCUCAGCCACAAACACUGAAAGAUUAUCUACAAUUCAGAAUAGCCCAACCAAGAAAAGAAAAAAAUAUGACAGGGGCCACUAACACCAAAGAGGAUUGCAGUGCUGGAGUUGAGGACGUAGUGGGCCAAACCUGUGACAAGAGAGCUGUGUGUAUAGAUGCCGGGAUUUUAAAGGAAUUAAUUACAAUGAUUAAUUUAAAUAGGAAGUAUGUUAUCUGUGUUGUGGCUAUGGUUUGUUGUCAAAGCAUUUCAAACCAGGAGGCUGUAUGCUUGUUCUAACAGCAUUGCUACUUUCUCAUUGCAUUUUAUACCUGUCUUCAGAGAAUUGGUAUUAUGACAAAGAGCCAUCCACCUUGUCAGGAAGGAGAGUAUAUGCAAGGACUGCAUGAAGAAACUGAUCAUGAGCCCAUUCUUGGGACAUCAGUAAGCAAUGGACCACACAGAGACAGUACCACCAUGCUGCCGUUCAGUGCCAGGGGUGCAAUCCAUCCUCCUGCUCCUCAGCCUGAGUAGUAGGGCAGUGGAGGAACCAUGUGUGGUCCUGGGACCAGCUUCCUUGUCUGGAAGUGUGCUAGGAAUGUGGUUAUUUGGCCCUGCCUCUGCUGAGUAACUACCUCUGGGUGAUUCUGAAACAGGCUCGAGUUUGAGAACCACUGGACUAAUGGAACAUUCCCCGGUGCUUCCUCCAGCCUGGCUGCCAUGGUCUCCGGCUCGUCAGGUGGAGGCAGAUGUGGACAUGCAUCCCCUUGGACUCUCUUAAACUUGUAAAACACUUGGGUUUGGGGUAUGGAUCACUCUCUUCCCAGAUUCUGCAGUAUGGCAGCCAUGCUACCCAGAAAGCUGUUACUUACCCUAUAAUUGUUGAAGUUGAUGGGCAGUUCUUCCCAGCCUGAGGGGAAGACAUUGGAGAGGCUUGUUGUUGCCUAUAGCUCAAGCCUGUCCCAGUCCCUCCUCUUGCGCCCACCUCCAGGAUUUUGGUUUGGGACAAACCAGAACCUAACGAGAACUCAGUGACCAGUUUCCAGUUUCCCAGUUGGAAGGCUUCACAGGCAAUUCAGAUUUCAAAACAGGAGGCUUCCCUUACAGUCUACCACUGUCUCUGGUGGGUUUGCUGAAAUGUCACAUAGUGAAUUAUGGCAAUGACUUAUUUUGGAUGGACACCUGCUAAAAAUUUCCUUAACCCAAUUUCAUUCUGAAACAGGAAGGAAACAAUGUUCAAGGUCCAUUUAUUUAAUACAUCUUUUUUUUUUUUCUGUUCAACAUGAGGUGGGCCUUUGAAAUAGCACCUCCCCUAAGUAAUAAGGAAAACCAAGUAUAUUCCCUAAAGUGUUAAAGUUAGCAGAAAAAUCACCCAGAAAAGCCCAACAAAAUUAAAAGAAUACAGAAACAGGCAUAGUGUAGGUUCAUGCUUGAGCUGGAUUAGUGGUUUCUUCCAUCUCAUUCUGUCCUUCCCCAUAUCUCUUGUCCCUACUUAUUAAGACUCAGUAAGACUCAUGAAGCAGCAGCCAUAUUUCAUGGCCCCAUUUUGGUUCAUGAAGUUCAGUCUUGGUCACCGAGCCUGGCUGUGGAGGUAGAUACUGUUACUUUGACAUUCCAAACCCUGCCUGGAAACCUGUUCCUGUUCCAUGAUCCAGCCUCACCAUCCCCACUGGAAACAGCCCUGCCUGCUGGUGUCCUGUCCUCGUCCCUCCUGGCUUUUUUCCUGCUCCCAGCUGAACCCUAUCAGGAGAUUCUGUAGGAGAUGAGGGAGCCCAAUAGAAUACUAACUUCAGUGGUGCUGACUCUGCUUAUACAAUAGGGGUGGACUGCACAGAAUGGAAUCCUCCGUAGUACUUGGUAGAAUGUGCAUUUCCACAGCCCACCUUAAGCCCCUCUCUUAGGAACAGUUUUCUAGGUGUGUUCUUUAUUGAAGACAGGACCACAGUGUGUCAUUGAAUCUUCUUAAACAGAAACAAUUAGAACGAUUUAUAAACAGGGAGGACACAGGUAAUAACCCAGGGGAUAGGCCAAGAAGCAGCUUUCUGGAAAAGAGUCUCAAAUUAAAAUGACAUCUGUACUAGAACAAUAUUCCCUGCCUGCUCCAGAACUAGGGGAGAUAUCUGAGCUGGAGCCACCAGAGAAAAUUUCUGAGAAGUUUUUUUGUUUCUCAUCUUUCUCUGUUGUGUCACUCUGGUAUUGAGAAGUUUUUAUUUCAUUAGCUAACCUGGGCUUGGUGGUUAAGGCUAAUAAUUAGAAUGAUUCUCGGUCAAGAAAAGUCUUGGCUUUAGAGUUUGUUAUAUUUGGGGAUAUGACCAUUACUGUAAUCUAAGAGGGAAAAUAGCAUCUUUGGUUAGAUAGAUGGGGUCUCCCUCACAGCCCUCACAUCCCUUCAUGUAAAAGGGAUUUUAACAGGGUUUACAGAGGAAAUGGCUCUCAGUUCCCACACUGCGGCAUGUGUUUGAGGAAUUUUGCCUUUAAGCAUUUUUCUUGCACAUGUCUGAAACACCCCUGGAUCUCUUGUUAUUUGAAUGGUCGUGUGAUUCUUUGGAUAUUUGGAAGUACAAAGGGGCAAAUGGAUGCCAGGGUUUUGUUGUUGUUGUUGCUUAUUAGGUAGGAAAUGAAGGGUUCUCACUGUUGGGAAUGGUAUGUGCUUUGAUAUUCUUAAUGAUCUUAAUAAUUUGGCAUCCGAAAGUAAAACACUGUCAGUAUUCUCAGUCAAAAAGGACAAGUUACUCAACCACUUACCUGGUACCCCAAGUUAUAUUCAAGUCCCUGUGACUCCAAUCUUGGAGAAGUCAAUGAUCCAAUUCGAUUGACGUUGUAACUUUGAUUUUCCUAACUGUCUCAGUGUCAUGGAUUCUAAGCCACUUCCAUGUACUUUCAGAUGACAUCUUAAUAUAUUGGUGUUGAGGUUAUUUCAAUGUCCAUAAACAAGAAAGGCCUGGGAACAAUCUGUAUGAUUUCUCUUUCACAUUUUCUUAUCUUUGCCACUAAAAGUUAACUGUCAUCCAGAUAUACAUAUAAAUUGUGAAAUGCAAAGGAGCAAACUUUGGGGGUAGGGGACUAAGUGCUUCAGUUCUUUUGUUCACUUAUUUUAAUACUAUAGAAGUAUAGAAGUGUAUUUCAUUUUAUAAAAAGCAACAAUCAUAAAAACCCUCUGUAGUUUGAUUUAUGGGGAAUAUAGCUUAUCUCUGAAAGAUCUCAAGAUACAGCUUGCAGACCGCAAUGGGAUCACAGUGUAAUUGUUUGCUUUUGGUGUCAUGUUUGGAUUUUAGCAUGGACUGUUGUGCAUAUCAGUGGCCUUUGAUUUCAGAAAAGAGCUUGGCGAGGGCAGAACACAUAAGGGAAGGAAACCUCUGCUCAAGAGAAUGGCCUGGGAUCACAGUGUCGCCAUUCCCAGUUUCCUUGAAUUCCUUCUUGGCAGGCCCUGCUAUUAAAUUUCCACAAAACUGUAAUGAGUGGCCCUCCUUUGGAGGUGACAAUGGCUUUUCCUAAGAACCCAAAAUUCUCUUUUCAGCAUACUGUGACUUGAAUAUGGAAAUCAUUUUAAUUUCUUCUUUUAUGAGGAAAUUUUCAUGCUUGGUUUGUCAAGACAAGAGAGUUCAUUCCUUAUUAUUGAAACAUUAAUGAAUUGAAACACGUUGAAGCAAGUAAAAAAAUCAAAAUUAGAUUGGUUUAUCUUAAAUAGUUAAAAGCCUUCCCUGGUACAAAAUAAAUUAAGUGUUGUAAAAUGAAGUUAAUUCAGGUAAUUACCUAGUACAGAAGUCUAACCAUAUACAUCAUUGGUAUUGCAAUUUAAGGGUAUAAUUAAAUUCUCAGAAAUCUGCAGGUCUCCCUCUAAUUUGGUUUCCAUAUUUAUUUAACGAAACAGGGAACAUAUAUGUGUCAAUGUGCAGCUUAACAGGGGGGACUUGAAUGGAUAAAAUUAUCUUUAAUUAUCUAGCGCUACCUGGCACUGGGCUUGAAUUUAAUCAUAUUCAAAUGUUUCCUUUGGCAGCAUAAUAUUACCAUACAUCCUAUUACCUUACAGUUCCUUAUCAAAAAUUUUAAUUCUUUGCUUGAGCAAAAGUAAAAAAACCAUAUGUUUGACUCUAAAGUAUUUGAUCAGGGAAAAGAAGGUGUGAAUUGGACAGAUCCCCCAAAUAAUUUUCUUCAAUCAAGUUAAAGAGCCAAACAUGGUAGUAAGUCACCAGGAGAGCUCUUUUUUCCUUAUCUUCUCGUUCGUUUUGUUUUAAACUCUUUAAAUAAUUCAGUAGUUGUGCAUGCCUAAGGUUUUAUGAAUAAAGCGUAAAACAAUUUUACUCUUUAUUCAUAAAACAGUACAUAUUGACAUAAAUGUACUGUUUUAUGAAUAGAAUACAAUUGUUUUAAAAAAUUAGUGUGUAGGUUUUUGUUCUUCAAAAACAAGUGAAUUAACCCCAAAAAAUACAUACCCAAAUUGCCCUUUUCUGAACAUGCUAUUUUAAAUUAUGCUGUAUUUGAAAGAAGUGUUUUCUUUGUUGAAAUAAUCCUGCAGUUUUGAAUACUUUAUAAAAUAAUCAAAGGGGAGCUUUCCAUUUAACCAUUGGCCUUAUAGAUUUAGGCAGUGAAAACCCAGCAUGAAGCAUUUGGAUGAAAUUGACCUAUGAGAUUUUGGGGUGCAUACAAUGUGGACUUGUUCCCAGUUCUGCUCCCAACUCUGAGCUAAGAUAGACCUCUUUGGCAGGAUUAAACUACAGCACUUUGACUCCUUUCCAGGAAUCUUGACAGUCCCCAAAUGGAUUCAUUUCUAUUUUCCAAGUGGAUAUAAUCUUUACUCAGAAUCUACACUGCCUUUUAUUUCAGUACUGCACACUUCUGUAGUUUUUGGUUUGUUUUUUCAACUUCUGUACUUUUGUACAUAACUUUUCAGAAGCAUUUCAGUAUCAGGUUGGAAUAGCUGUGUGUGCAAUGCUGAGAACCACCGCAGUGUAUGAGGCAUAGCUCAUUUCUUCCUAGUGUUUUGGUCAUGGUGGCCUGCCAUCUGGCCUAACCCACAGGAAAGAUGCCUUGCCCUGGCCUUGGGGGCUGGGCUUGGGAUCUGGGGACUGCAUAAUAGCAUGAGGCUGCAAGCUGCAAUUCCUGGGUCCAGGCUGCUGCUUUGCCACUAAUUGGUUUUAUGUGUUUUGGUACAAGUGAUGCAAGCUCCCAGGCCUUAGUUUCUUCAUCUGUCAAAGAAAAUUAUCUCUAAUAGUUUAAGUGCCAAACACAGCUUUUAGUGCAUCGGGAUAAACAUACACCUCUCAUGUAUUAAUUUCUCCAUCUGUUUGAAAAUGGUUUUCUACACUGGCCACCUACCUGGAUAGCCUCUAGUUCAGUCAGAAUCUCUGAGGUUUGGCCUGGGUGUUGGGAUUUUUAAAGCUCAUCAAAUAAUGAUUCACAGGAGACACCAUAGUUAAGAACUAUUGUUUAAAAAUGUGGAGUGUGCAUGUAAAUAGCAGAUGUUAAAAGAGAGGGUCAGCUGAGUAUCUUUAGAAGAGGGGCUUUCUGCAAAUCAGAAGUAUACCACCUACUUGCAAGUAAAUGAGUAGGAAUGGCUUUGGAGACAAGUUGUCAGUCAACAGUCAUACAUUUUAAUCUUACAAAGAGAUGUAUUUUGUUUUCUUCUGAAGGCCCCUCUACAUUGGUUCUGCUGCUUUAGAGCCUACACAUCCAAACACACCUCUCGUCUUUGCCAACAUUGAGAAAUUGUUACCCUCGUUCAGAAGAUGGGUCUUAAAGCACCUAAAUAAUUGUCCGAAAUUUUACAUAAACCUCUGGGGUUUGCCUUUGAUCAUGAUCGUUAAUAUCAUUAAUGGGCCCUCUAAAAGUGCAUGUGAAUUUCAAGUUAGCAUUUGGCAGGGCAGUGAAAGAAUGAACGCUUUUAAAAUAGUUUGGCUCAGAAAUUGCAUCUGAAAUAACCCUGUGGGAAAAUCAGGAGAAUUUCUCAUCCUCCGAAGGAUUACCUAGGAUGAGACACUGACCUUGUGUUUUAAGUUCAGUUGCAUUUCUUAAAACCUCAUUCAUUACCCAGCCUGAUUUAUUUUCAGAAUGAAGUAGGCUAUGGGAGGGGGCUAUAUAAUGAUGUCUGGUUUUUAUGUUUGCCUUCUGUUUUCUGCACAGUUCCCAAAAGAUUUUUAUCAUAAUGUGUGUAUAUAUUUAUUAAAAAGAAAAAAUGGCUUCUUCACGA